UCGCGCCCCCGCCGCCAUUUUGUAGCGGCCGCCGCCGCCUCCCCGGCCCCGGCCCGGCCCGGGAUGGCGCCGGGCCCCAGCGGGGAGCCGCCCUCCGCCGCCCCCGGGCCGCUCUGAGGAGCCUCCCCCUUCCUCCUUCAUGGAGCCGAGCGGCCGAGAACGGGGCAGCCCCAUCCCGGGGCGAGCCCGAGCUUCUUCCCUGCUGGGUUUUGCUCCGUUUUGGCCCAAACUGGCGGUGCCCAGCAGCGCGGCCCCCGCCGCCCCGGGGCCGCCUCAGCCCAGCCCGUCCUUCUCGUGGCUGCGCCUCGCCUCACAGCUCCUCUCGCCGCUGCCCUCCCUCCUGCACCGCCUUCGGCCCGGCACGGCCCUCAGCAGCGCCUUGUGCCCGGCCACCGCUGCUCCUCCACCGCCGCCGGAGCCUCUCCCUUUGCUCCGCCGGGCUGAGGAGAAGGGACACGGAGGAGGUGGUGUAGGGGGGGGGGUGCGGAGCGGGGAGCUUUUUUCCUUCGUUUUGGGCUCCUCCAAGAGCCCCUGGGGCCGGCCGCUGAGCGCUGAGCCCUUGGGUGAGGCCUGGAGGGGCGGCGGGGGCUUGGGCGAGCUGGGGCUGCUCCGCUGCGAGCGCCUCGGGCUCCUCCAGCAGCGCCUCCUCGGCGUGCCCGAGCCCGACCACGGCUACCACAGCCUGGAGGAGGAGCAGCAGCAGCGGGGGGCCGCCGGGGAGCCCUGGAAAAACGAGGAGCAGCAGGCGCCCAAAGGUGCCCCCGGCCCGAAAGGGGAGCUCCAAGGGGAAGGUUUGGGCGGCGAGGAAAUCCAGCCAAAGAUUCGGGUUGCGGCCAGGCCGGCUUGUGCUAAUAAGUUGAUAGAUUAUAUCCUCGGGGGGACCUCCAGCGGGGAGGAGAGCGCAGAGGAUGAUGAUGAGGAUGAUGAGGACUGGGAUGAUGAUGAGGAGGAUGAUGAUGGUGAUGAUGGGUUUGACAGCGAAGGGCUGCUGUCGGAUUCAGACGCCGGGAGCCAGAGCGGGGAAAGGUUGCACCUCUGGAAGUCCUUCUUCAGCCUGGAUCCUUACAACCCGCAGAACUUCACGGCCACCAUCCAGACGUCUUCCAGCAGCCCAGGGAAGGACAUGCACGGCGGGUCUGAUGUGGAAGAGGAGGAGGACGAGGAGGAGGAGGAGGAUUCUUCAUGGGCAGACUCAUCUUCAGGCUCUCCUCACCUCAGUUCUGAAGAGCACGACGAGUGGGAGUGCAGCAGCGCGGAUGAGGCAGAAAACUUGAAACUUUGGAACUCAUUCUGUACCUCAGACGAUCCUUAUAAUCCUUUAAAUUUCAAGGCACCCUUCCAAACAGCGGAGAAGAAAGGGAAGCCUGGCUCAAAAGGAACAGAGGGGCCGAGUUUGGGCACUUCGGAGCGUAGUCACUUAACUGUCUGUCGGGUACAGCUGGAAAAACAUAACUGUGGGGUCCCAGACUUGGUGCAGCAUGGCAUUCUUUUGGGUGAGAGAUGUAGAAGUACCACGCGGAAAAAGGUAACCUUCCUUGAAAAAGUUACCGAGUAUUACGUCAGCAGCGAGGAGGAUCGGAAAGGACCCUGGGAAGAGCUUGCCCGAGAUGGCUGCAGGUUCCAGAAACGUAUCCAAGAAACAGAAGAAGCCAUAGGGUACUGCUUCACCACAGAGCAUAGACAGAGAGUCCUGAAUAGACUCCGAGAAACCUGCUCCAAGGGGGUUGAGCCCUUCUAGCACCUUAAAAGGACCUGGUAGUUGGGUGUGACCCAGAGCACUCACAAAGAUCUUCAAACCAAGAAGUGGCAGCUGCGUGUGUUUUUUUUUGAAAUGGGGAGAAAAGUGGGAUUCUAAUGCUUUUUCCCAGUUUAAUAUUCAGCCAACGAAUAUACCUGUGUGUAUCCCGUUUUUGACAUCCAAACAGAACCUUUCGAGUAUCAGCAAGGGUGAGGGCGGUAUAAAUGCAUUCCUCUUCAGUACCAUUUGAGAAACAGACUGCUUUAGGUUAAAUCCAUUCCAAAAAUGCCUUGUCUGCCGUACGUUGAGAAGUGGUGGCUAUUCAGUUGGAAUUUUGCACUUUGAAAAAGCAAACAUAUUUUGAAGGAAAUAUUUAUGGAGCUCAGAACCUAGCUAUUGCAGUUUUGAUUUAAAGUUUCUAAAGGCAUGUGCUAUUUGUUUGUGGUUCUCCUUUUUCUCUAACCUACACAAAAGUCUCCGAUUUUGUUAGCUCAUGUUAACUUUACUGCGUGAAGCAGAGGCUUUUUUUUUGCUUCCUUUUUAAGGUCCCAGUUUUGUGUGUAGUCUAAUUGUUUGAGUGUUGAUGUAACGCUUUCACGUCUAAAUAUUUCAGUCUAGCACACUGGGGGAUUCAGGGGAACUCUGGUGCACUCUAAGCCCUUUGGUUUGUCUUUAUUUAAUUAAUACCUUUGCCCAGUACUGUUCCAAAGGGUGUUGGCUGCUUGUGCACCAAGCUGCUUUGCUUUCAGGGCAGUGAAAGGCCUCGUCCUGAUCAAUAAUUGAAGCUUCAAGGUACAUAUCAAAGCUGUGGCUGAUGGUCAGAAUUGAUAGCUGCACGUGUGGAAGCAGGCCCUAGGUCUUUAGGUAAUCUCAGAGCAACUUCACCCUAAUUGCUUCUGCUUCCUGAUUGAAGUGGAGUGUGCUUUGUAUUUCUUUUAUCGGUGCGUGUAAGGAGAAUUAUCUUUCUGGAAAUCUGAGACUACAGAGUGCUGUGUUCUUUACCAGAAGCCAGUAUUAAUACCUCUCUGCGUCCGCACUUUUGUUCGUUGGGUACCAAAAUAACAUUUCACGUGUGGCAUCUGAAAGUUGAGGUCCUUGGUGGAAGGAAAACACUCCUUAUUUGUGUGCGUAACUUAAAAUGUUUAAUUGUUUCAGUCAAAAUAAAAGAGCAGCACAGUUCGGAUGUGCAUGUGGACCUGGAAGAUGAUGUAUGGCUGUAACCCAAGCAGGAAUGAGGUCAUGCAAUGGAAUAAAUACCAGUCAGAUCUAAAGAAUUUGUAUCUGUUUGCAAAAAAUGGUGUGGGGAAAUGAUUUGCUAUUUUGUUCAUUCAGCUGUCUAGGAGUGCCUCCGUUUUUGUAAGGAAGAGACCUAGAAACACUUGAGAUUUGUUGUCUCAUUACUCAAAUUUGAAUUCAAAAGGAGUUAUGGAUACGUGGAGAAAAGAGCUUCACAGAGCUUUACAGAAUUUUUUGCUUCAUCUUGCCGUGCUUCUGGCGAUUUUAAUUGUCUUAAAUUUCAGAGCUGUGGGGUUUACUCUUUAUGGAAAAAGUUUAUUCUUUGGGUUUAAAAAUUACCUUUCUCUGCCACGUGCUAGAAGUGUUAAUUAUGAAAUUAUGAGAGUUGUUAUGAAAUUAAGAGAGUUAACUAUGAUAUAUAGUAGAGUUGUCACGUGAAAUACACAUGAAACUUGGGCAGCCUUAUGGAUUGACUAAUUGAAAGCUGUGCAACAAUGUUAUUUUAAUCCCUGCGGAAUAAAAAAACCAACACAUUCUUUUCUAAAAAAAGAUUAUUUUAGUUGUGAAAUCGUAAAUCAUGCCCUUGAAUCUUAUGGAUUAGCUUUCAGUUUUUAGGAGUUGAUUUUCCUGUAUCGUAUUUGAUAACAGGUGUUCUGCUGUUUUGUUUAGGGAAAAGCACGCGGGAUGAUUAAUGUGUUAGAAUUGGAGAAAACUUGUUGACAUAUGGUCCUAGUGUGACUGAUAAGGAAAAAUGCUGUUCAUUGCUCCUGGUAAAAUAUACGAGAGCUUUUUUCCAUGACACUCCUAGUUUAUUUGGUCUUGUAAAGCUUGCUGCUGCUUCAAUUACUCUGGCUAACUUGGUGUAGGGGUGCUCAUAAAAACCUCCAGGGUGAUGUGAACUAACACCUGCAAACACCGAGCAACUUUGUGCAGGAGGCUUGGGAAAGGCUACAGCUGGAAAUGAACAGAACUGACAAAUUAUCUACAAACUAGGCUGAAAACUGUUCCUUCCAAAAGUCCUGAUAUCUGAGAUUAUUUUUUUCAACCUGCAGUGUAUGAAGCACUGUGUUCUGGUUCUCAGAGAAACGUGCCUGCUCGGGUAAGUUUUUUUGUUUGUUUUUUUUUUUCCCUCCUCUCAAACCUCAUACUUUCAGAGUAUCCAGUGGUGGUAGGAAGUUAUUCUAACACUAAAUUCACGAGUAAGCUCAUUAUUUUUUGUCACCAUCUUCCCUAUAACAUACUUCAAAGGUGUCUUACAGGAUGUGUACAUGUGCGUUUGGAGUGAAACAUAAAAAAAUAAUACUUGUUGAACUUUAAAUCAAAACUGUAAUUAUCAGAUUUUAUUUUUGUAUAAUUUAGAGAAAGUUAGAAAACCUUCAGCAUUGGCUUUAUACAGAUUUUAAUUGAUUUGUGUCGAGUUUGUUGGGUUUUUUAUAUCUAAAGUUAUAUUUCUGUACAUAACAAAACUAUUCAGAACUAAUCUGUAAAUUGUAAUAAAGAUAUUUGCAAGAUAA